AUGGCCACGACCUUCUCCACCACCACUACCACUACCACCACCACCUUCCCCCAACACGCGCCCUACCAACACCACGCAUACCGCAAGUCGACACACUCGCAGUACUCGCCCACAAACUCGGCCAUCAACACGCCCGCAAACAUCUCGCCCACCUCACCUCGCAACACACAUCUGCCCCUCUCCCGCCACCAGGGCAUCUACCAACCCAGGACCGCCAUCGGUAUCCCCGCUGCUCUGCGCAAGACUGAGAGGCCCGCCAGCAAGUCUCCCCCCAAGCAAGACUCGGCCGCAGACUCCAACAACACCAACCCAUGGUCGACGAAUGCCGGCUUUGGAUGGGCUGCCAACGACGGCAGCAUCACACCCAUCUCUCACAUUGGCAACGAGGAUAUGCAGAGCCUCUACAGUCCCGAACCCUUGUCUCCCGUUGCCGGACCAAUUACACGGAACCACUGGCAGGCCGAUGCCUCCACUUUGGUCUGCUCCGCCUCGUCUUGCCAGGAGCCCUUUGGAUUCUUCCAGCGCCGUCACCACUGCCGCAAAUGCGGUGGCAUCUUCUGCGCACAGCACUCUCGCAACCAAGUCCGCCUUGACGAGCUUGCCCGCUUCCAUCCUCAAGGUCACUGGCAUCGUGCAUGUGAUCGUUGCCACAGCUCCUUCCGCGAGUGGGAGCAUCUCCGCUCCAGCCGAACUAACAGCGAGAGCUCUGACAGCAGCGGACCGGCCCCGGCAAAGUCGAUUCAGACUCCCGCGGUUGCGAAGCGGCCAGACAACACCCGCGUAGGCAGCUUGGCGCAGAGCCUCCAGGGAACCUGGAACUGGAGCACUUUCUAA